GAAAGUUACCGUGAGUAAGCUUCACCGGCUCCCGUUCAAGAAGGUAGAUCCCAUGAGGUAAAUACAUAUGAAUGCGUGGAUCAUAUUCUCCUCCAAAGCUAGCAUUUAUCAUUGUACCACAUCUCUAAGAACAAGAGAUUCAAAUAUCCAAGAUGAGCAACAAAGCCGCGUACCUCUUGGCCGCGAAAGCUCACCCCUUCAAAGUCGACGAUGCCCCCAUGCCAACACCAGACGCCUACGAAGUCGUCAUCAAAAACCACGCCGUCGCCAUUAACCCCGUCGACUGGAAGAUCCAAGACUGGGACGGCGUUUUCAAGUCCUACCCCGUGAUCCUCGGCAGCGAUGUAGCUGGAGAGAUUGCUGCUGUCGGCUCAGCUGUGGAGAAGUUCAAGAUAGGCGAUCGAGUCAUUGCCAAUAUGGACGGGUUGGGAAACCAGAAGCAGACGAAUGCCGGGUUCCAGUUGUACAGUGCGACGACGGAGAAAAUGGUUGCGAAGCUGCCGAGUGGUAUCAGCUAUGCGGAUGGUGCGGUCCUGCCAAUAGGUCUUGGGACCGCUGCGGCCGGGCUUUUUCAGAAAACAACGUUGGAUUUGCCGUAUCCGCAACUGGAUGUGAAACCGAACGGGCAGAUUCUUUUGAUCUGGGGCGGCAGUUCCAGCGUCGGUAGCGGCGCGAUCCAGCUCGCCAAAGCCGCAGGGUUUGAGGUUGCGGCGACAGCGAGCAGCAGGAACCACGGUUACCUCAAAGACUUGGGCGCGGCGUACAUUUUCGACCAGUCAAGCGCGAAUGUCGUCGACGAGAUUGUGGAGGUCCUCAAGGGGAAAGACUUUGCCGGCGUUUUUGACGCAAUCUCUACCAACGAGACCAUCGCUCUCAGUGCACAGAUCGCGAGCUCGAGUAGCCUGGAAGGAAAGAGGUUUGUGUGUGACGUGAAUCCUCCGUGGGAGCCGUUGCCAAAGGGGCUACCCGAGAACGUGAAGUUUGGGCACGCAAUGCAACUUGAUAUCAAUACGAACGAAGUCGGUAAAGCUGUGUGGGGCGAGUGGGUGACGCCGGCUCUGGAGAAGGGGCUUUUGAGGUGCAAACCCAACCCACGCAUUAUUGGUCACGGUCUAGAAAAGAUACAAGUGGGUGUUGAUGAACUGCGGAAGGGGGUUUCGGCUGAAAAGCUAGUGAUUACUCUAUAGACAAGGAAGUGUGUAAGGUUUAGAGAUGCACAAGCGAGUUCCAAUGGCUAUCUUUUCAAUUCUUUUGGCGUCUUUACUGUUUCAAGAAAGAAGGUAAAUCCUCUUUCAAAAAAGUCUCAAUGCUCUUCGUCUGAACAUUCACUCCCAGCUGCGGCUCUGAUUAGAUUGCAGAAUCUCCUAUCUAAAGGUAUGGACACUCACAUUCUCUGGAUUGGUGAUGCUUGGAUCAGCUCCGUAGUACCCAGGGUCUUCAGUAUACACAAACAUCUCUCCGAUUUCUCGUCCAGCACC